AUGUGGUCAUCAACACCGGCGAUCUUUGGCGGUGGCAAUACGGGAUACCCAGUUGGAAAUGGAAUGCUUGGGGCCAUGCAGUUUGGCAACCCAGGCAAGGAACAGAUUCUGCUGAACGUCGAUUCAAUGUGGUCUGGUGGUGUGAAACAAUUUCCGGAAUAUCGCGGAGGCAAUCCCACUUCAAACAUGUCAGAGAUCCUCGCCGAGCUUCGCGAAAAGAUCUUCCUGGACGGAACAGGCAACGCGUCCCAAAUGGCGGGUAGCAGUGAGGGAUUUGGAGAAUAUCGUAUUCUGGGCAAUUUUAGCAUCAAUAUCGAUCAUCCUGGCAAAUUUGAUGACUACAAGCGGAGCCUCGACCUCGAAACGGGCACUUAUAGGACCAGCUACCGAGUCGACGACAGCAACUAUAAUACCUUGUUAUUCUGCUCACACCCAUCUCGUGUCGCCGAUACCAACUACGAGUCCAGGAAAGGCAACAAGGCUGAGAAUUAUCGAUUUCUUGAGGGGAAAUCUGCCGAGAGGGUCAUCUACCAUACGUAUAAUGCCAUUCACCUGACCAUGAAGAAAAGGGUUCGGGAACAGACCAAAGACUACAACGCAAAUCUGAACGGAUUCAUCCUUGACUUGCCGGACCACAGAAACUCGUCGAAGGCGGAGACAGCCACGCUAUUUGCUCGCUACAGGGCGGAGGGAAAGGGGGAUCCGUUCGUGGAAAGCCUUCUAUUCGACUACUCGCGUUACCUGCUGCUCGCCUCCUCUCGAAAAAGAUCUCUGCCUCCCAGUGUCCAGGGUCGAUGGAUAGAGCGGAUGGACAGGGAGCGCGGCGCCGAAUACAGUGCCAACAUCCACCUUCAGGCGAACUACUGGGUCGCGCACCAGACCGGCAUGGACGACACCUUGCAUGCUCUUUGGGAAUUCCUGAAGAACACGCUGGCAACGAGGGGAUCGGAGACAGCCAAGCUUCUCUACAAUGCCAGCGGUUGGGUCGCCCACAACGAACUCAAUAUUUUUGGUUACACCGGCAUCAAGGGCGAAGCUGAAUGGAACAACUAUCCCAUUUCUGCCGCCUGGCUCAUGCAGCACGUUUGGGACCACUUCGAGUACAGCCAGGACCGGACGUUCCUCCGGACGACGGGAUACCCGCUCAUGAGAGACGUCUCCAAGUUCUGGCUCUCCCAGCUGCAGGAAGAUAAAUACAGCAAGGACGGUAGCCUCGUGGCGAAUCCGUGCACGAGCCCGGAGCAUGGCCCUACGACCUUUGGCUGUGCUCACUUCCAGCAGCUGAUCCAUCAAAUCUUGGAGACAACGCGGCGAGCGAUGCGGCAUGUCAAGGUUUGCGACAAAGUCUUCCAAUCGAAGCUUGACACCGCCAUAAGUCACCUCGACAAGGGCCUCCACCUGACCAGCCAGGGCAGCAUCAAGGAAUGGAAGCUGCCCGAGUCGGAGGGCCACGAGACGGACGACAAGAGCCAACACCUGUCUCACCUCGUCGGCUGGUUCCCGGGCUACUCCAUCGCCUCGUUUCAGGACGGCUACCGGAACUCGACGAUUCAGCAAGCCGUCAAGUCCAGCCUCGAAUCGCGCGGAACGGGCGAGGAAAACGGCAACAGCAGCUGGGCCAAGGCAUGGCGGGCGGCGUGCUGGGCGCGGCUGAACAACACGGAGCAGGCCUACGCGCAUCUUCGACGGCUCAUCCAAAGCAACAUUGCCGAAAACGGCCUUUCGACUUCCUCGGGACCGGAUUCACCAUUCCAAAUGUCGGGCAACAUGGCCUUGGCAGGUGCCAUACUAAGCAUGCUCGUCGUCGAUCUCCCGCUGCCACACAGUCGAAUAGGGGAGGCUCGAACGGUCGUUCUGGGGCCUGCCAUUCCCUCCAUGUGGGCUGGAGGCAAAGUCACAGGCUUGAUGCUUCGAGGCGGUUGGAAGGUCGACUUUAGCUGGGACGCCAAUGGCAAGGUAGACAAGGCAGAGCUGCACGGUAAGGGUAGGGGGGAGGUUGUGCUUGUGAACGUGGAUGGAGUCAUCAUGAACUAG